CAAAUGUCUCGAUGCGGAUAGUGGACACGUCUCACCGAAUAGCGUAUACUAAAACAAUUUUAAUAACUGAAUAUUUCGUAAUUUAUGUGUUGGAUAUCUCAUUUUCUUAUUAAUAUACUUAAAACUUGUUAUAAGUAUUAGGAAGGAUACCCUAAAAUAAAAAAUCAUGGGGAGUGUGGAACAACCCUGUUAUACUUUGAUUAAUUUUCCAACUGAUUCAGAGCCUUACAAUGAGAUGCAGCUUAAAAUUGACCUUGAAAAGGGAGACAUAAAAAAGAAAAUUGAAGCUCUAAAAAAGACAAUAGGAAUUAUUCUAUCUGGGGAGAAGAUACCUGGUCUUUUGAUGAUCAUCAUCAGGUUUGUCCUGCCACUACAGGAUCAUACCAUCAAGAAACUCUUGUUGAUCUUCUGGGAGAUUGUCCCAAAGACCAUGCCAGAUGGCAAGCUGAUGCAAGAGAUGAUUCUUGUCUGUGAUGCUUACAGAAAGGAUUUGCAACAUCCCAAUGAGUUCUUGCGUGGAUCCACUCUGCGUUUCCUUUGCAAGUUAAAGGAGCCUGAGCUCUUGGAGCCUCUGAUGCCAGCAAUCAGAACUUGUCUGGAACACAGACACUCAUACGUGAGGAGGAAUGCUGUACUUGCCAUAUUCACCAUUUACAGAAACUUUGAAUUCCUCAUCCCUGAUGCUCCAGAGCUGAUAGCCAACUUCCUAGAAACGGAACAGGAUAUGUCAUGCAAACGUAAUGCCUUCCUGAUGCUGCUGCAUGCGGACCAAGAGCGAGCUCUCUCCUACCUUUCCUCUAGGCUGGAUAGUGUACAUGGUUUUGGGGAUAUUCUGCAGUUGGUGAUUGUUGAGCUGAUUUAUAAGGUGUGCCACGCGAACCCGGGCGAGCGCUCGCGGUUCAUCCGCACGGUGUAUGGGCUGCUGAACGCGCCGAGCGCCGCCGUGCGCUACGAGGCGGCCGGCACGCUCGUCACGCUCUCCAACGCGCCCGCUGCGCUCAAGGCGGCGGCGGCGUGCUACAUCGAGCUGAUAGUGAAGGAGAGUGACAACAACGUGAAGCUGAUCGUGGUGGGCAAGCUGAGCGCGCUGCGCGGGGCGGGGGGCGACGGGGGCGCCGGCGCCGCGCGCGCGCUGCCCGACCUCGCCAUGGACGUGCUGCGCGUGCUGGCCGCCUCCGACCUGGACGUGCGCCGCCACACCCUGCAUCUUGCGCUGGAGUUGGCGACGCCGCGGCACGCGGAGGAGCUGGUGGGCGUGCUGCGCAAGGAGGCGGCGCGCGCGCACAGCGCCGACCACGACGACGCGCACAAGUACCGCCAGCUGCUCGUGCGCGCGCUGCACCGCGCCGCCACCAAGUUCCCGGAGGUGGCGGGCAGCGUGGCGCCGGCCAUGGUGGAGAUGCUGGGCGACGGCAGCGAGGCGGCCGCGCACGACGUCAUGCUGUUCCUGCGCCACGCGCUGCACUCCUUCCCGGACCUCUCCAGCCGGGUCUACGCGAAACUUCUGGAAUGUGUGAGCAACAUUCGCGUCGGCAAGAUCGCCCGCUCGGCGCUGUGGCUGUUGGCGGAAUUCGCUGACACGGAGGAGCGCGCUGUAGCUGCCCUCGAAAUACUCGAGAAAGUUAUUCCGGCGCCCAAAAGCGCUGAUGCAAAGGAGGAGGAACCAGAGAAAGCAACCAAGCCCGAGGCGCCGGCCCGCCAGCUGGUCACGAGCGACGGCGCGUAUGCGACGCAGUCUGCCUUCAACUUGCCGCAGGCGGGUUCGAGCGAGAGCAAGGAGGGGCUGUCGAGCGCCAUCCGCUCGGGCGACAGCUUCACGUCCGCGUGCGCGUGCUCCGCGCUGUGCAAGCUGGCGCUGCGCCUGCCGCCCGCGCGCCGCGCGCACGCGCUGCACGCCGCCGCGCAGCUGCUGGCCUUCCACAAGCUGGAGGGCGGCGGCGGCGGUGGCGGCGGGCUGACGGCGGACGACGUGGAGCACGCGGCGGUGUGCGUGCGCGCGGGCGCCGAGCGGCCGCCCACCGUGGCCGGCGCGCUGCUGGCCUCCUCGCGCCGCGCGCUCGCCGCGCUGCUGGCGCUGCCGCAGCGCGCGCAGCCCGACCUGCUGCCCGACAACGAGUGGGAGCGCGCCUCGGCGGCGCCGCAGAAGCGCGUGGAGGUGGAGCGCGGCAUCGCGUUCGGCGCGCUGGCCGGCGCCGCCGCCGCGCACCAGCACGACAUGUUCGAGCUCUCGCUCAACCGCGCCGUGCAGGGGCGCGCGGCGGGCGGCGGCGCGGCGGGCGGGCGGCUGGCGCGCGUGCGCCAGCUCACGGGCUUCUCGGACCCCGUGUACGCGGAGGCCAUCGUCGCCGUCAACCAGUACGACAUCGUGCUCGACGUCCUCGUCGUCAACCAGACCGACGACACGCUGCAGAACUGCACGGUGGAGCUGGCCACGCUGGGCGAGCUGCGGCUGGUGGAGCGGCCCGCGCCGCUCGUGCUGGCGCCGCGGGACUUCGCCACCAUCCGCGCGCACGUCAAGGUCGCCUCCACCGAGAACGGCAUCAUCUUCGGCAACAUCGUGUACGAGGUGUCGGGCGCGUCGCUGGACCGCGGCGUGGUGGUGCUGAACGACAUCCACAUCGACAUAGUGGACUACAUCCAGCCCGCCGCCUGCUCCGACGCGGACUUCCGCCAGAUGUGGGCCGAGUUCGAGUGGGAGAACAAGGUGUCAGUAAAUACCAGUAUUACCGACCUGCGAGAAUAUUUGGACCACUUGCUCGCAUCUACGAACAUGAAGUGUCUCACACCAGAUAAGGCGCUGUCGGGGCAGUGCGGCUUCAUGGCGGCCAACCUGUACGCGCGCUCGAUAUUCGGCGAGGACGCGCUCGCCAACCUCUCCAUCGAGAGCGCGCUGCACCGCCCCAACGCGCCCGUCGUCGGACACGUGCGCAUCCGCGCCAAGAGCCAGGGCAUGGCGCUCAGUCUCGGGGACAAGAUCAAUCUGAUGCAAAAAGCGCCGACACACAAACAAACGGAAAAUGCGAUUCCUGCUGCGUAAAUAUGUGUAAUUUAGGAUGUAGGUUAGAUUUAAUAUUAUAUCCUCUUAUGGCAAAGGAUUGUACUGGAUUUUUUAUUUUAUAUUGUAGCCUAUAUUAACAUUUGUAUAAAAUUUCCACCAAAUAGAUUUCAGAAUAAUAUACUUGGCGUUUAGAUAUGACUGGGGUGGGGAGGGGUUACUAUGACGCCUUAAAGCAGGAGUAAUACCUAUUUAUGUGUUUAUAUCAUGCAUUUAAAUCGUAAAUUAUUCAAUUUAGACUUCCUUUGUCAGACAUACUAUUAUGUUGAUUGAUUACUAUAAAUAUUUUAUUAAUAAAAUUACUUAUUCGAUAUAUAAA